UCGAAGUGUGAGGCGAAGCACCAUACGCGACCUUUUCUCCAUGCGUCCACACACCAAAUCCUCAUAUAAAGGGCAUUGUGUGUCCAGAAUACGCUGAAUCACUUUAACAGUUCUGUUCUCACAGGGAAAAAUUUGGUUGCUAUUUGUGUAUAUAGCUUCAUAGCUGGGUCAAGUAUCAACGACCAUUGUCCCUUUUGCGAAUCAGCACGAGUGGUUACUUUUGAGAAGUGAUUUUGUGAAGUCAUGAAAACCAGUGACACAUAAAUUGAUUGAUGAGGACCUGCAGGAGCAUGUUGUGAGCAUGUCCAAGCUUACAUCAAUAGUAGUGUUUUUGGUAGGUGUCUCUUGCACACUGCUGAGCUCACUCAUUUUGGAACACUUUUCUGGUGGACUGAUCGUUGGAACAAAGCCAGGCUCUUUUCUUCCUCUUGAAGAUGAACUUUAUCUGCAUACUGACGAUCUUAGUCCCAAUUUCCUUAAUCCUGGAACUGAGUUAGCCCCCAAAGACCCUAACCAUGAUCAAAAGACUAAGAAUGCGGAGUAUGAGGCCCGCAACACUCUACAGGCUGCAGCCCAGAUGUGCCAACUCGGCAAGCUGGAGAAGGCUGGAAAGCUGUUCGAGCACGCACUGGCACUCAGCCCUCGCCAUCCAGAUGUGCUGACUGAGUAUGGUGAGUUCCUGGAGCUCUCAGACGUGACGCGCGCCAACCAUCUGUACACGCGUGCCCUCAUCUUCGCGCCGGGCCACCGGCGGGCGCUGCAAAACCGACAGCGGACGCAGCCGCUGGUGGAGCAAAGCGACCUGGAGCUGCUGCGGCGCAUCGAUCGCAAGCUGCUGGAGCUGGCGAAGGUGCCGGACAGCAGCUCGGCACUGCGCCGCGUCAAAAAGGAAGCCUACUUUCAGCAAAUCCACCACACGGUGGGAAUCGAGGGCAAUACGAUGACGCUGGCCGAGACGCGCAUGGUCGUUGAGACGCGCAUGGCUGUGGGCGGCCGCAGCGUCAUGGAGCACAACGAAAUCUUGGGACUGGACGCUGCCAUCAAGUACAUCAACACGACUCUGGUGCACCGGAUCGGCGACAUCACGCUGGAUGACCUGCUGCAGAUCCACCGGCGCGUGAUGGGUCACGCCGACCCGUUGGCGGCCGGACAGUUGCGCACGACGCAGGUGUACGUCAGCGAACACGUGCCGCCGCCACCCACACGCAUCACGCCCCUGCUGGAGGGCUUCAUCCAGUGGCUGAACGCGCCGGAGACGGUGGCGCUGCACCCGGUUAAGUACGCGGCGCUGGCGCACUACAAGCUCGUCUUCAUUCACCCGUUCUCGGACGGCAACGGACGCACGUCGCGGCUGCUGAUGAACCUGAUCCUGAUGCAGGCCGGCUUCCCGCCGGUCAUCAUCCGCAAGCAAGACCGUCACAUCUACUACCGCUGCUUGCAGCUGGCCAACGAGGGCGACGUGCGGCCGUUUGUGCGCUUCAUCGCCGAGUGCGCCGAGAAGACGCUCGACGUCUACGUUGGGCGACCAGCGAGUACGUGCACAAGAUCGCGGCGUCGGAGGCCGAACGCCAGGCGGCCGCACGCCGCGCCGACGCCGAAGACGCGUUCGUGCGCAACUUCAGCGGCGACGACCUGGUGGGGUUCGGCGCGCCGGUCGCCCACCGCGAGCCGGGCGACACGACGGGGUACUUCAGCGAAGAGGAGGCGGACAGGACUAUACAUACACCGGAAGAUGGGAGCGAGCAUGUCAUCAGUGUAGAGGAGGUGGACAGGUUGGUUCCGGUGCCGGGUGAGCGCAGUGCUAAGGACGUGGCAGAGGCGGGCAACCGGACGUCUCAGGCGCGACUCGGCCGGACUGCUGGCGUUAGCGUGGAAGGAGUGGAGCAAGCCAGACAUUAUCUGGAAGGCCAGGGUGAUGAUGCGGUUGGUGCAGAUGGCGAGCGUAGGCCAAAGCACGUAUUGGACGGGGAGUGCAAUCGGUUUAUUGGCGUAGAAGAGGUAGAGAGAUCGAACCAGGUGCGGAAAAACGAAAUCGAUCGUGACAUAGAUGUAGAAGACGUGGACAGAUGACGGUAGCCUUGGGGGGCAAGCCCACCUGAACCUUAGGAAUGCAUUGGGUGUUGCUGUUUUAGUGGCUGUGAGGAUAUAUAAGUGCACACUAUUUUGCAAGCUGUAUGUGCUCACUUUGCAGUAUUAUUUGAUAUUGAUGUUACGUUUUCUGCGGUGCCGUGAUUGUACCUGCUCCGCACGCUGAGAGACGUUCGGCUCACUUCCUGAGCAUUGGGUAUUGGCAUGCUGAGCUCUCUGAGAAAAUCUGCCGUAUUUCGGAGGUUGGUUCCUGAGAUAGACGCGACGACCGUCUUGAUCGUGGAGGACGUCGUUGGCGCUCUGACGGAAUAAUCUUUAUCUUGCGACAACUGUACAACUACCAAAUAUGGAC